AUGUUUAGUUACAUAGGCAAAUGUUAGAUUACAUUAUCUUAUUCAGCAUUUACAGCAAAUACAUUUUCUUCUGCGGAUGGUUGAGAAUUUAAAAAAUAAAUUAUUAUUUAGAAUGGAGUGUGAUUGGAGGAAAUGAGGGAUAUGAUGUUUAAGAGAGUAUGACAAUAUUUGGAGGAAACAAUUAUUUUGGUGCAAGAGUUUCAAUUUAUAGAUAAAUAUUAAUAUCUUCUCCUCAUCAUACAAUAAGGUUAAAGAUGAGAAGUUGGGCGUAAUCAUUUAGUUAAAAAUAUAGAAUUAAUACAUGGAAUAAUGAAUCUAUUAUAACAAAAAUAGAUGGUAAAAUAGUUGAUCAUUAGACAGUUAGUUCAAAUUAAGGAGAUUAAUUUGGACAAUUCUUAUAUUAAGAAAUAAUGUUUUUUUUUUUUUUGCAUAUUUGAAAAUCAUUAAUAUUAGAAAUAACAUCUACAUUAUAAGAAUUAGCAACAGAAGUAUUUAAAUAUAAUAAGAAUAGAAAUCUUGGGGAGUCAGAGAUAUUUACAUAUAUUCAUACAAUAGUCCAGUAGGAUGUUAUUUCUGUAAUUAUUUAGAUAAAAAUUUUAAUUAAUGUAAACCUUAUAUAUUUAAAAUAAAUAAUUUUGAAGGAUCUAAUUUUUAUUCAAAUGAAGGUUGGAUGGUUAUAAAUGAAUAGAUAAGUUAAAAUAUUUGUGAUUGUAAUGAUUUUAUGAUAUUUGAGAGAAAUAUCAACAUUUGGUAAAUAUAAGACAGGAACAACUUUAACAAAAUAAUAUUUUUUUGAACCUCAUUUUGAAUUGAAAAUAACAUUUUAAUUUUGGAAAUUUGAAGCAAUAGCAACAUCGUAGUAUUCAUUAAAAGUUGAUGAAUUAGUUGUUUGGUCAGAUCACAAAACAAAAUCAUAGAAAAUAGAAAUUUGUGGUCGUAAUUCAUACGCAGAAUAAUACUACAAUGUUGAUAUAAGGAUUAAUCAUAUAUAUUAAUAUCCAACUUUUAAAUUUGUAAGUGAUUCGAUAAUACCUACAGAUUAUUUUGGAAUAAGAGAAUUUUCAGUAUAUAUGUUAGCAUGUGAUUCAUCAUGCGAAUUAUGUGAAAUAAAUGCAGACUCAUGUAUUUAAGGUACUAAAUUAACUUAAAUUUAAAUGGAAAGUGAUUUAACUUAAAAUUCAUUUAUUACUCAAUAAGAAUGGGGUAGUUAUACUCCAUCAGAUGCAUCUGGUUAAAUAUCAAUGUCUACAAUUGCUGAUACAUAUUUUUCUAAUAUAAAUUACCUUUCAUUAUAUAAUCUACUUUAUAAAGAUUUUGAAUUAGAAGAUCAUGAUAAAAUCAAAAUCUAAUUUUAAGCUUACUCUUAUAGUGUUAAAUUAAAUUUAAAUAUGAAAAUUGAUGAAGAUUAUGAUGAAAUUGUAUCUAUUGGUGAAAAUGUUCAAACUACUGCUUGUUCACUAUCUUUAACACACGAUAUUGAAAAUUAUUCAUUUUUAGAAUAUAUAUUUGAUCAUACUGCCAAUUUUAUUAGAAUUUAAUUUGAAUCUCAACCUUAUAUUUUUGGAGAUUAUAAAUAUGGAUUCAAUUAAAGAAGAUUGCACUAAUAAUCCUUGUGA